AUGAGCGAAGCUCUUUUUCGUUUCGCGCGGUUCGUCAUUCGGGCUUUGUGCCCUCCAUUUCACCCCAGCGCUCAUUCGUGCGAAUUCUCAGCGCGUGCAAGCAGCGGGCACAUGGGGGCCCUUCGUUUGUCUGGUCGAAGAACUGCCGUGUGGUGUGAGCGUGGCUGUUUUUUGUUUUUUGUUUUUAAAAAAUAUACAGUAAAAUCCAAUCAAACGAACUCAUCGCUGACAGUCCUCACGUUGCUUCACAACAACAACAAAGAGCGUCAACGAACGAGUACGCUCCGGUGCUCUCCAGAGACAAGCCAAUGUCACCUGCGAUCAAGAUGCGGUUUAUCUGCCGGGUUUGCCGACUGUUUCUUUUCCUUGGUAUUUUUGUUUGUUUUGCCGGUUAUCAAAAGGUUCUCAUUGAAUGUCAACGGGUAA